AUGGAAGAUGGCGUGACAGAAGCUGAAAGCUUGUUGCAUCCUAAAGAGGAAGAUGAUGAAAAGAAAGAUAAUCAUCAAGAAAGUGGAAAAGAUAGGCCAGGUGGGUCAUUAAUAAACCAUUUCUUCUCUAACUUGGUCUCUAAAGGGGAGGCUGAUCCUGAAGAAACAGAAGGUAAAGAAGAAGACAAUGAAGAGAAGGGAGGUGGACUAUUGGACAGUAUACUCUCCAACUUGGUUCCUCCUUCGAGUAAAAAAGAAGGUAAAGAAGAAGAGCAUGAAGUUUCCCAAGUUAGAGAUGGUGGAGGAACAAGAGAAGGUCAAGCAACAAAAAAACAGAAGCUAACAACAGUAGUUGAUGAAGAAAAUGAACAAGUGAAGGCUGAAGAGAGGGGUGGUGGAGGUUUCAUUGAUCACAUUGUUUCCCACUUUCCUACGUCUCUUCCAGAUGAUGCUGCUCCAACAACUGACGAAGCCUCCAUCCUCAUUCACUCCAUCAUCCAUGAUUAA